GUAGAAGACAAUUCUACCACCAGAGGAGCGCCAGACACUUCGUAAUUUGAAAAACCGCAGCCAAACGUCUCAUUCCUUCCUUUCCAUAAAACAAACGAGCAAAUCCCAAACUUCCUUCCAAAUCCGCUUCCCUCACUCACAAGCAUUUUCACCGUUGAAAAUCUCUGUACAUCUUCAAUCUUCCAUGGCUGCUCCGACUCCAGACCAUCUCGAUAGAUCCGCGGCGAGGACGGUCCCGUCGUUGAGCGGGAAGGUUCGUGUAGUGGCCAAAAUCCGGAAUUCAACGGAUUAUGAGGUCUUGCCUGGGAUGAAUGCUCCGGCGCCGUGGAUUUCAGUCAACAAGCCUAAUGGAGAUGAUUCUACCCGCGUGUCUGUGACCUUGGGAGAGCAAUCUGGCAGUUCUAGAGAGUGUUACGAGAUUGGUUACUGCUAUCAAGAGACUGAAGGCAAUGAAGAAAUGUUUAGAAGAGAGGUGCAGUGUCUAUUAUCCGAAGUGUUCAACGGUCGCAGUGUCACUGUUGUGGCUUGCGGAGCUAGAGGUUCUGGAAAGACUCAUGUCAUUCAGGGCACUGAAGGGGAUUUGGGUUUGGCAGCCUUAUCUAUGGCCGAAAUACUACGAAUGGCUGAGGAAAGUAACAAGUUCGUCGGGAUGUCAUGCUACGAAAUCGUUCAAGAGCAUGCUUAUGAUCUGUUGGAACAAAAACCGCAGGUAGUAUCAGUGUUGAAAGAUGGCCAAGGACGAGUGCAACUCAAAGGACUAUCUUGUGUCCAAGUGAAGUCGUUGUCUGAAUUUCAAAAACUAUAUCGUAGGCAAAGCAAGACCAUGCGUAAACCAAAUCAAAAGAUAACUCAGUUACUCCCUCCAAGAAGCACAAAAGGGUUGAUCUUUUACAUAUCAUCAGAAGCCGAUAAGUUGGCCAGUGCUCCUGUUGGCAAGAUCAAUUUUGUGGAGUUAGCAGGUUAUGAGGAUGCAAAAAGAAAAAGUGACGUGAGUAACUUCGGGGAGAAUGCGCAGAUUAACAAGUCCAUCCACGCAUUCAUCAAAGUGGCGUAUUCAUUACAUGUCAAUGAAAUUCAUGUGCCAUAUCGAGAGAGUAAGCUUAGUCGGAUGUUGGAAGAUUCACUUGGAGGGAAGAGUAGCAUUCUGAUCUUAACAUGCUUGAACCCCUUCUCCUGCCAAGACUCGAUGAACAUGUUAAAGUUAGCUUCUCGUUGCUCCCAAAGUAAUACUACCAGGAUUGUGGUGGAUUCUGCAAGAAAAACAGACAGCACGGCAAGAUCCAAGGUGUUUGCUUCACAUAGAAGCAGGCUACCUGGGAGUGCUUCCUCUAUGAGGAAGCAGCCAACUCCCUCCCAUUUUCCUACUCCUGGUAAGAAAACCAGUGGAAAUGCUUCUGCACUGAAAGCAAGGAAAUUGUUUGCUGACAAAGGUCAUGAGAAACCUAAUAAGGUAAAUGCCUCUGCAACUGUUUCAAGAACUGGUUCUUCUCUGCCAGAAGAGACAAGUUCUUCCAUUGGCUUGAACACUGGGAUUUCUGCACAAGAAGAGGAAGAGCACACUUCGAAUUCCAUCAAGGAUAAUGUGGUUCUGGAAGCUUCAUCAUUAGAACUAGAGAAUACUCCUGUUCCGUUGGAAGAUGCUCUUGCUUCCCUUGAGGUAUCAAUGGAGCUUGCCGAAGAAGACGAGCAUGUGAACAUGAUAACCCCGGGCACUACGACAUUGCCUGUGGUUGAUGAAGGUCAAAGUCUAGACAAUAUAACACCAGCCACUACGACGUUAUCAGUGGUUGAUGAAGGCCAAAGUCUAGACAAGGAGAAUGACAUAUCUCUUGCUAACGAAGGGGGUUCUCCGCCAAUCAGCUUGCGGCUGAAGGAGAUCUCAAACAAUUUGAAGCAGCUCUACACUUCAACCCCAAAGCAGCUCUAUACGUCAACCCCAUUGUGCACGGUGAUGCCCCCAACCAAUGAUAUUCCUCUCCAAGAUCAGUUUACAGCUGCUUCCGCGGAGCCAAUGACCCCUGAAUGCAAUAUAAGAGAAGUGAAUAAGAACUUGGACAUUGCAAGCUUAUGCAGCCCCUGGGAGAAGUUGAAUAGAAGCAAUUGCGGAGUGAAGAACUCGGUUCUUACGGAAUACCUUAAAUUUUUCAACACAGCGAACAAGGAAGAUCUGAAGAAACUAAAGGGGAUCGGAGAAAAACGUGCAACAUACAUUAUGGAAUUUCGUGAGGAAUCGCCUUUUAAGGAUCUUGACGAGUUAAAAGAUGUAGCUGGCCUCUCAGCUAAGCAGAUCAAGGACAUGGUGAGCAAGGACGUAUUGGGAGGGCUGUUUCACUAAACUGUUGGCUAAGUUACUCAUAUCUGUUGUAGUUUUUAUUGGCAAUGCAUAAAGUUGCCCAUUCUAGUUUAUGUUGCUUGAAACAAAUGGAACUACUUCUG